GCCAACAUGGAGAGUUUGUACCGAGUUCCAUCCUUAGUGCUCGAAUGCCCCAACCUGAAGCUGAAGAAGCCGCGCUGGGUGCACAUGCCGUCGGCCAUGACGGUGUAUGCUCUGGUGGUAGUGUCUUACUUCCUCAUCACCGGCGGAAUCAUUUAUGAUGUUGUUGUUGAACCUCCAAGUGUCGGCUCCAUGACUGAUGAACACGGGCAUCAGAGACCAGUAGCUUUCUUGGCGUACAGAGUAAAUGGACAGUAUGUUAUGGAAGGACUCGCAUCCAGCUUCCUGUUUACAAUGGGAGGUUUAGGUUUCAUAAUCCUGGACCGAUCCAAUGCACCCAACAUUCCCAAACUCAAUAGAUUUCUCCUUCUAUUCAUUGGAUUCGUCUGUGUCCUACUGAGUUUUUUCAUGGCUAGAGUAUUCAUGAGGAUGAAAUUGCCGGGCUAUCUGAUGGGUUAGAGUGCCUUUUGAGAAGAAAUCGGUGGAUACUGAAUUUGCUCCUGUUAAUGAAAUUUUAAAGGCUGUACUCUGAUAUGAAAUAUGGAAAAGGAUGAAAAGCAGCAGAAAAGAAACAUCUGGU